AUGGUGAUGGCAGGUGUCUUGAGAUCACUUUCCUUCCCGCAGAUGCUGGACCGCAGAGACAACAUCGCGCCAGCCCAUACCGAUACUUGCCGGUGGAUCUUAGACCUCGACGAUUUCAAAAACUGGACACUCCAGCCCCGCGGCCUACUCUGGAUCAAAGGAAAACCGGGUGCUGGGAAAUCAACAUUGAUGGCAUUUCUCUACAAUCAGUUUAACGAAUCGCAAGAGCUGCACCAACCACCCUCCAGGGAUCGAGGCAUCCAGCUCGAUUUCUUCUUCAGUGCCCGAGGCACUGAGCUACAACACACACCGCUUGGAAUGCUCCGAUCGCUGCUCAAUCAAUUAUAUGACUCCGAUGAGACAGUGCGCCCUCCAGUUCGCAAAAUCUUUGAAGAUCGAUGUCGGAAGUAUGGCUAUGGCGACAACCACUGGGAAUGGACGCAAAUCAAGCUAGAAGAGCUUCUGGCAGAUGCCAUUCUGGAAUCCGCGAGAAAGCACCAAGUGAUGAUAUUUGUCGAUGCUCUCGAUGAGGCAGGGGCUGAAUCUGCCCGGCACGUGGCAACAUAUUUCCAUCGACUCACUGCCCGCGCGGAUACGAUGGAUGCAGCCGUUAAGAUCUGCAUCUCUUGUCGACACUAUCCCAUCGUCACAGACGCUCAAUCUGUUGAUAUUAUCGUUGAGGCGCACAACCGUGGUGACAUCGCAAGUUGCAUCGAAGAUGUGUUUGUUGACAUGGCGACCAGGGAAAACCAGGAAGGACUGAAAGACCUGACGGAGCACUUGAUCUGUCGAGCUGAUGGGGUGUUCCAGUGGAUUCAUCUCCUUGUGCCUUCUAUCGAACGAAAAAUCGCCGACUGCGAACCUUUCGAUCAUAUAUAUUCCGGGCUGCGUGAAGUUCCAGCCGGCCUCAAAGAGAUCUACGUGUGGAUCAUCGAUCAUGCGAUUGAGAAACAGAAUCGGGGGCAGUCACUGCUACUGUUCCAAUGGGUCUGUUUAGCAGAACGACCCCUGACCGUGAAGGAAUUGCGAUAUGCAUUGGCCACUGAGAACAUGCAGAUUUCGUUAUCCCAAACUCCGGUAUCUCGGGUAUCGACUUGUCCUGAAUCAUUGGAGAGUACUAGAGAUUUCAUCGAAAAUGAUGAACGCAUGAGGACACGAAUCAAGGCUCUCUCUGGUGGACUAGCUGAGGUGGUCCCAAGUGGAAAUGACCACGGGAUUGUACAGGUGGUACACCAGUCUGUCAAUGAUUUCUUCGGUGAAAAGGGGUUUGGACUAUUGUCGAGUCAUACCACCGCCAGAAUACCAUGCCUCGAUCAUGGGGAAAUCUUCCUCCAAUGCCAGGCAAUUCUCUAUCGGACAUGUUUGCUUUCCGUGGCAACCUAUGCUCAGUCCUGGGACCCGAUAAAUGAUCCGAUCGGAGAACGAGAAAGUUUCACAAUGGAAGAUGGGCAAGAAGAGAAGUUUUUCGGUUACGCCACAGAGUACCUCUUUACACAUGCAAAGAAGGCUGAAGGAUGUCGGAUGGGCAUCCUGAAGAACGAAGUGAAUAUUUUGCAGCCAAUUGUCGAGUACUGGGUUCAGGUUAGAAACUCCGAGAACUACCCAUGGAAUAACUUACCAGGAUUUGUAUACAACGCGGUUCUAUUGCAUGUUGCUGCAACCUAUGACCUGGUUGAUAUUAUAGAGUCACUUCUGGAAGCGGGCGAGCAUAUUGACGCAACGGACUACAUGGGGAACACACCCCUGCACUGUGCCGCGAAACAAGGUCAUGUACGAGCAUGCAAAAUUCUCUGCGAGAGGGGUGCAAACUGCCAGGCAAAGAAUGAUUUUGGCUCUAACGCAUUGUACGGAGCGGCUGCUCAUGGAAAUCUGGAAGUUGUUGAGUGGCUAUUACACCAACAAGCAGUGGCUGGAAUGUUCGACGAAAAGGCUGAUGCACUAAUCGUCGCUGCGAACCGAGGAGAUAUUAAGCUAGUGAAAACACUUCUUGAUUCUCAAGCCGAUGUCAAUGCCCACACCGAUACCGAUUCCCUGGCCGGUUUGUUUGGAAAUUGCCUAGAGGCCGCUGCGAACGCAGGGCAUGUUGAGAUUGUGCAAAUAUUGCUCAGUGCCCACGCCGAUGCCAAUGCGCAGGGCGGUUUUUUUGGAAAUUGCCUACAGGCCGCUGCGUGCGGAGGGCGGGCUGAGACCGUGCGAUUGCUCCUUGAUGCCCACGCCGAUGUCAAUGCUCAGGGCGGUAAAUAUGGAAAUUGCCUACAAGCUGCAGCGUUCGAAGGGCAUAUUGAGAUCGUGCGAAUCUUGCUUGAUGCCCAGGCUGAUGCCAAUGCCCAAGACGGCCCUUUUGGGUCUUGUUUGCUUGCUGCCGUGUGCAGCGGGCGUACUGAAAUCGUGCGGAUCUUGCUUGAUACUCACGCCGAUGUUAAUGCCCAGAAUGAUCGAUAUGGAAAUGCUCUCCAAGCAGCCACGGUGAAAGGACAAACCGAUAUAGUACGCAUGCUGCUUGCUGUCCAAGCCAAUGUCGAAGCCCAGGGUGGUAAAUAUGAAAAUGCCAUUCAGGCGGCCAUCCUCGAGGGGCAAACUGAUAUCCUGCGCAUUCUGUCGGAUGUCAAUGUCGAUUUUAACGCCCAAGGCGGUAAGUACCAAUGGGCUAUCAUGCAUACAGUCACUACCCACUGGAAUUCCUGA